CUCCGCCUGCAGUAGAUGUGCUGAGGCUGGAGUAGCCACCAUUUUGCAUGUCUAGUGUGUUCGUCCCUCCAUUGGCAAUAGAGACGAUUCCAUUUCUUUUCUGGCAUCAUUACGGCUCAGAAUGCCAGCUCCGAUCAGACUGCGGGAGCUGAUCCGGACCAUCCGGACGGCGCGGACCCAAGCAGAGGAGCGUGAGAUGAUCCAGAAAGAGUGUGCUGCUAUCCGCUCAUCUUUCAGAGAGGAAGACAAUACAUACCGUUGCAGAAAUGUGGCAAAGUUACUUUAUAUGCACAUGUUAGGCUACCCAGCCCACUUUGGCCAGCUGGAGUGUCUGAAGCUGAUUGCAUCCCAGAAGUUCACUGACAAACGGAUAGGUUAUUUGGGAGCUAUGCUGCUUCUGGACGAGAGACAAGAUGUUCAUUUACUAAUGACAAAUUGCAUUAAAAAUGAUUUGAAUCACAGCACACAGUACGUCCAGGGCCUGGCUUUGUGCACUUUAGGCUGCAUGGGCUCUUCAGAAAUGUGUCGUGAUCUGGCAGGGGAAGUGGAGAAGCUGCUCAAAACAUCCAACUCUUACUUGAGGAAAAAAGCAGCAUUGUGUGCAGUUCAUGUCAUCAGGAAGGUCCCAGAGCUCAUGGAAAUGUUCCUCCCAGCCACAAAAAACCUGCUGAGUGAGAAGAACCACGGUGUUCUGCAUACAUCUGUUGUCCUCCUCACCGAGAUGUGUGAAAGAAGCCCUGAUAUGCUGACUCAUUUCAGAAAGAAUGAGAAGCUGGUUCCACAAUUGGUGAGAAUCCUCAAGAACCUCAUAAUGUCUGGAUACUCUCCUGAACAUGAUGUGUCAGGCAUAAGCGACCCUUUCCUGCAGGUGCGGAUAUUGAGACUACUGAGAAUUUUAGGCAAGAACGAUGACGACUCAAGUGAAGCAAUGAAUGACAUUCUUGCACAGGUUGCAACAAACACAGAGACGAGUAAAAAUGUAGGUAAUGCAAUCCUGUACGAGACUGUACUGACCAUAAUGGACAUCAAGUCUGAAAGUGGACUGAGGGUUUUGGCCAUUAACAUACUAGGUCGCUUCCUCCUUAACAAUGACAAAAAUAUAAGAUAUGUGGCAUUAACAUCUCUACUAAAGACGGUACAGACGGACCACAACGCAGUGCAGAGGCAUCGGAGCACAAUUGUGGAUUGUUUAAAAGACCUGGACGUCUCCAUUAAGAGACGUGCAAUGGAGCUGAGUUUUGCCCUCGUGAACGGCAACAACAUUAGAGGCAUGAUGAAGGAGCUGCUCUACUUCCUGGACUCCUGUGACCCAGAAUUCAAGGCCGACUGUGCAUCAGGAGUGUUUCUAGCUGCUGAGAAAUAUGCUCCUUCAAAAAGAUGGCACAUAGACACCAUUAUGAGAGUAUUGACAACGGCAGGGAGCUAUGUGCGAGAUGACUCUGUUCCCAACCUGAUCCAGCUCAUCACAAACAGUGUGGAGAUGCAUGCGUAUACUGUUCAGAGACUUUACAAAGCAUUGCUGGAUGACAUUUCACAGCAACCUCUUGUGCAGGUUGCAUCGUGGUGCAUAGGAGAGUAUGGAGACCUUCUGGUAUCAGGACAAUGUGAGGAAGAGGAACCCAUCCAGGUGACUGAGGAUGAAGUUCUGGAUGUGUUGGAAGGUCUUCUGGUGUCCAAUCUGUCCACGCCCGUGACCCGGGGUUAUUCCCUCACCGCCAUCAUGAAGCUAUCUACUCGUUUCAGCAGUGUAAACCGAAUCAAAAAGGUGGUUUCAAUAUAUGGGAGCAGCAUUGAUGUGGAGCUUCAGCAGAGAGCUGUGGAGUACAACGCACUUUUCAAGAAAUAUGACCACAUGAGGCCGGCUCUUCUUGAACGUAUGCCCAUUAUGGAGAAAACGGCUUCUAAUGGUCCCACAGAGAUCGUCCAGACCAAUGGGGAGACCGAGCCAUCUGCGGUGGAGCCGAAACAUCCACCACCUGUUACCCAACCAACAAACCAAGCUAAUGACUUGUUAGACUUGUUGGGCGGUAAUGACGUGGUGCCGGUAAUCCAGACUACGAUGCCCACAAAGCCUGCUUCAGCUGGGGGAGAGCUGCUCGACCUUCUGGGAGACCUCUCCCUAACUGGAGGUCCAGCACCUGUCCCUGCACCAUCAGUGCCCACUUCCCAGCCACCUUUCCUGUUGGACGGGCUGUCUUCACAACCCCUAUUCAAUGACAUUGCAGCUGCAGGUAUUCCUUCCAUGACUGCAUACAACAAGAAUGGUCUAAAAAUAGACUUCACAUUUGAGAGAGCUAACCCUAACCCAAACAUCGCCGUCAUCACCAUCCACGCCACCAACUCAACAGAGGCAGAAAUGACCGACUUUGUUUUUCAGGCUGCAGUACCAAAGACAUUCCAGCUGCAGCUCCUUUCCCCCAGCAGUAACGUUGUGCCCGCACUGAACCAGGGAACUGUAACACAGGUCAUCAGAGUCCUCAACCAACAGAAGCAACAACUACGAAUGAGAAUCAAACUUACCUACACCCACAAAGGCUCGGCUGUGCAGGACCUGGCAGAGGUUAAUAACUUCCCCCCACAGUCGUGGCAGUGAUGACCUGCUCCUGCUGCCUCUUAAAAAAAAAAAAAAAAGCCCCACCAAGGGAACUAUGAAAACGAUUUUUUGUUUUUUUCACCUCCCACUUUUCUUCCAACGGAUCCCCCUGUGACAUCACUGCAGCCCGAUGCCCUCGAGCUGCAUGGGAAGCAGCAGAUCAUCAACCACCGGAGAAUAGAACAGAUGUUACAAAGACCUUGUUGGCUUUACAAGAGUAAUUGGGGAAAACAUAUCAAUCAUCAAACUUUCUGUUUUUGCUCGUAAUUGAUCUCUUUACUUAGUAAGCUGAUGUGUUUUUCUCACACCCCUUCCUCCCAGCUCCAUCACCACACCCAGGAGGAUUCAUGUACACCACUCACUGUGGCACAUUUGUGCCACCCCUUUUUUUUAUAUAUAUCCUAAAAUGCAGUUUCAGGCACUUUGCUCCCUUGAUCGUUAGGAUUGGCUUUGCUUUCAGAUUUUUCUCCACAUUAACCAUCAUUCCUUCGAUGGCAGCAGGAAAAACUUUGAAACAGUCCCCAACUUGUUUUUUCUCCUCCACGCUGUCAGCGAUAUAACUUCAGAGUUGUAUUCAUCCUGAAUUACAUUAAUUUGCUAAAUGCAUGUGUGCUGGGGUCACAAUCACAUCUGGACUUCAGCUCCAAGGGGAUUUUCUGAUUCUGUUUGUAGACCACUUUAUCUAACUUUGUGGCUGGGUUCAGAGCAAUUCCCCUGAUCUAACACCUGCUCUGUAUGGAAUUGGCAGCUUGUAGAUCUGUAUAAAACAGUAAGUUUGAUGUAUUACAGUGAAUACAUGAUAUCUCUGAAAAUGAUCUGAAAACAAAUGGCAUUUGUGUUAGAGAGAGAUCUGUGUUUUAAACUUUUCCUGCAUCUGUGUCAUCAGUCUAGACUGCAAAAUGACUUGUAUUUCUGAUUUAUUUAACCUGGUUGAACUUGGUCACCAUGCUCACACAUGUAAAUGAAGCUUCUCAUGAAUGUAGUAACUUGCACUGAAUGCUUUUCUUUCCCCCCUCUUAAUUCUUCUUUCCAUGUCUGUCUUUGCUGGGGAUUCUCAUCUUAUCGGCACAGUUUUUGUGAGAGUGUGUUUAAAUUGAUUUAAUUUAUGCCUGCUAUCAAAGUGAUGUGCCUUUCUGACUUGGCUAGAUGAAAAAGGCCCUGCACCCCUAAGUAUUGAAUGAGCUUUGUUUGUUAGUAUGAUUACCGUGCUCACGCUGUGGGAUGGAUUUGAAUCAUUAUGUCACUUCGUUGAUGAGAACUAAAAUACCACUAAUCAGCGAGGCAAUGUCGGUCCGUGAUUUUGCGAAUUUAUUUCGUUUUGUCCGAUUUAGUUUUUUGUUUUUUUUAUAAAAAUAAAAGACUAUCAGAUUUAAAUCAUAUAAUCAAAGCAAAGUUAACGGCAGCUAAUGUAUGUAAACUUUGACGAGCUGGCUUAGAUUAUUUACUCCCAUCUAUCAACAGAGACCCAAUUGUUAGUGGAAAAGCUAAUGAAACAUUUAAUAUUUUAUUUUUAAAGCUCUCUUCACUCUCGUCAGAAUCUUAACCGGGCUGUCAUUGGGGAUAGUAACCUUAAUACCUCACUCUGUUUCUUUCUGUUAACGUUUAGUGGCAGUACAUCAGCAGCUUUGUUUAGUCACCAAAGGGCAGCGUCUGCAUGAAGAAACCUAGCAGCAGUGUGCACAUCUCAUUACUUAAGCCUCGCUAUGCCACGUUAAGAACCGCCGAUGUUCAGACAGGCUGUAUAACUCCUCUCACUUAUGCUUCACUGUCUUUUAACUUCUGUGACCAAAUCAGAGAUGUACUAUUAGCUUUGGAAAUAUUUUUGAGCUCAUAUGUGUAUAUGGAGAAAUCCUGUUGGUUGAACCUUUUCUUCUGUUUGUUGAUGAAUGCUAUAUUGGCUUUUUUCUGUACAUACGGAGGGCUUUUACAGUUGUUUGUCUAUUGUACUGUCUUUCAUCCUUCUUUUUUUUUUUUAGGUGUCAUUUUCUAAACAAAUUCCAACUCCUCACAAUGUACAUUGUCUAGAUAGUUAAUCGGCAUCGGCCUAAUGCGACUCCUCUGUAUCAUCACUCAUUCAUUGUAAAAGAUUUAUGAUCUGCUGCCUGUACAUUGUAUAUAGUUGUAAAACAAAAACGCUGAUCAAAUUAAAUAAAAUCCACAUAAAAGAUUAGUUGGAAGGUAUAAUUGUAUGCAUAUAUGUACAAAAGUAAUCUUAAAAGGAUGCAACAGAGCUCCUUUGGUUUACUAUUGAGUCAUGUUUCAGUCAUGUCCUGACGUCAUCAGGGAGGCGGGGUUGGGGUUUCUCUGAAUGGUGGGUUUAACACACGCCCUCUGAACGAUGCACUGUACUACUGGGGAGCAGCGACAGCCCCUCGACCACCUCAUGCAUCCAUGGCCUCUUGCAGAGCGGCUGUCUUGCCAAGAUGCAUCUCUUUCAUUUGGCCUUACAUGCACUCUUGAUCUUCUCUUCAACCUACAGUUUGUUUUGUGAAGCCCAUGUUGGUGUUUUGGUGUGUUUUCUCUCUUGCACCAUCCCAGUAAGCAAGGACACUAAUAGUGCCACGCCUGCAUUUGUUUUGUUUUUUGUCCAAGACCCCUUAUGGCCAGUUGGUUUGUUUUUAACCUGCAUGGCUCCACUGUCAUUCAAGAUCCAAAAUGAUGCUGUAAAAUGUGAAAGCUCAACAUUUUUGUAAUGUGAAUCAGAACAAUGUUCUACUCCUUUUAGAUCUUUUUUUAAUGGUUUUAUUUAAUCCGCUUCUGUUUAAUGGAGGCAAACCAGAUGAAGCAUGUGCUACACGGUAGGGAUCACAAGGGGGAGCUGUUAUAAAUGAAAGGCUGGCAGGGUGACAAAGGACGUUUCACACACCUAUUCCUGGAUGGUUUUUUUUGUGUGGUCUUAUUCAAAUUGUGUGUACCCUUUGUUAAUGACAUCAGAUCAGUUCUUUCUAUGAAGCUGUUGGCAUUUUACAAAUGGUAGUGAGCCUAAUAUUAAUGCUUUGGACACUAACUGAGGAGGAAGGAAACAGACACCUGUCAGUGGUGUGGUCAGGUAUGUGUGUAUGUGUGUGUGUGUAUCAGAAGAUAAUCGUCUUUGAGAGAGUGCGAUGGUGUGCUAUCUGUCUUUUAUUUGCAUAGGACGUAAUUCUUUUGGCUGCAAUUUCAACUCUCAGCUUCUGAGCUGCAUGUGAAGAACUAUAAAUACGGUCGUUUCUACUCUUGAUGUGAAACCUCUUUUGCGAAUGCAAGAAAAGUUUAAAAAUUCAAAUCUGUCACGCUCCUGUUAUGGGGGCAGCACAAACGUUCAGUUAGAAAUUAUUCAUAAUGAGCUCACAAUAUGGUUACUGUUUGUUUUCUCUUCAUUUUUUUUUUUUUUUUUUUAUUUUAAGGGCAAAGAAAAUGUUUGUCCUUUCUUUCACUGGAAUGAAGUCAUUUUGUAAAGGGCUUGGAAGAGCAUCCAAAUGACCAUCAUGGUCCUUAUCUGUUUUUAAAGAGAAG